AACCACGAUACCAUCGAUAUGUGUCGAGUAUCAUCAGCUCAGCCAUUCCCGUGUCUACCGAUGAAAUGGGCUCGGUGAGCGUUGAAUGUGCAAAAACUCAAGCAUACGUGCACAACAAAUAUCACCCAAAAUAUGGAACCUGACACGCGGUAAUCUCUCAGUCAACGGUCCGUCAACCUAGUGUUUGCGAGAUUUCAGCGUUGCAACUCAUACCGACUAGUUUCCAGUGAAGUGCCCCAGAGUGCAGUUAAGCAAACGAUAUAGCCUACUCAUACGCAUCUGAGACGAGGAGAGAAGCACCAACAGCUGAUAAAAUGAAGUUCACACCACCUCCCGCAUCACUGCGAAAUCCUUUAAUUAUUCCGGACAAGAUAAUGAUGGGUCCUGGACCGUCCAACUGCUCCAAGCGUGUGCUGACAGCUAUGACCAACACUGUGCUGAGUAACUUUCAUGCCGAAUUGUUCCAAACGAUGGACGAGGUCAAGGAUGGUUUGCGAUACAUUUUUCAGACGGAAAACCGAGCAACGAUGUGCGUUAGUGGUUCAGCUCACGCUGGAAUGGAAACCAUGUUGAGCAAUCUGCUCGAGGAAGGUGAUCGAGUGUUGAUCGCAGUAAAUGGAAUUUGGGCAGAGCGGGCUGUCGAAAUGUCUACGCGUUAUGGGGCAGAUGUUAGAACGAUCGAAGGUCCAGCAGAUCGUCCGUUCAGUCUUGAAACACUGACCAGGGCCAUUGACCUUCACCAGCCCAAGUGUUUGUUUCUCACGCACGGAGAUUCUUCCAGCGGGCUACUGCAACCACUGGAAGGUGUAGGUCAAAUUUGUCACCAGCACGACUGUUUGCUUAUAGUUGAUGCCGUUGCAUCGCUGUGCGGUGUACCUUUUUAUAUGGACAAAUGGGAAGUCGAUGCUGUGUAUACCGGUGCCCAAAAGGUGCUUGGGGCACCCCCCGGAAUCACCCCAAUUUCCAUUAGUCCCAAAGCACUGGAUGUUAUUAGAAAUCGUCGCACAAAGUCGAAAGUUUUUUAUUUUGAUCUGCUGCACCUUGGCAACUAUUGGGGUUGUUAUGACGAACCUAAACGCUAUCAUCAUACAGUGGCGUCUAAUCUAAUAUUUGCUUUACGCGAAGCUUUAGCACAAAUCGCAGAAGAAGGAUUGGAGACACAGAUCACACGUCGCACGGAAUGUGCAAAAAUUUUGUACGACGGUCUAGGUAAGAUGGGCCUCGAGAUCUUCGUGAAAGAUCCCAAACAUCGUCUGCCUACGGUGACCGGUAUCAUGAUACCGAAAGGCGUUGACUGGUGGAAAGUAUCGCAAUAUGCUAUGAAUAAUUUUUCUCUGGAAGUACAAGGGGGACUUGGUCCCACAUUUGGAAAAGCGUGGCGUGUAGGCAUUAUGGGUGAAUGCUCAACAGUGCAGAAAAUUCACUUCUACCUAUAUGGCCUGAAGGAAUCCCUCAAGGCAACACAUCCCGACUAUAUUUUUGAAGAAAGUAAUGGUUUUCAUUAACCUAACGGAAAACUAUACAUGUACACAUAUCUGUUGCCUCAUUAUUGCACUUAUAUAAGUGCAAUUUGCAAUGCAAUAAUUAUAUAUUAUAUACUUAUAUAAUAUAUAAGUGCUACGAUAAGUCUCAAUUUUGGAAUUCUAAAUUGAACUAAAUUGAGUCUAACUCAAAAAUGACUCAUCUAAACUUACUCGUUAAAGAUCCCAUCGUCUCUAACUCAUGAUCUUCCUACAUAUUCAUCACGUCAAUAAAUAAAAUUGCUUA